AUGUCUUCAGAUCCGAAAGAUCUCGGAACUCCACCCAAAUGUACUGCGGACUUCUGCCUCAUCCCAAUGGGUACACCGACAGCGUCCGUGUCGGCUCAAAUCGCAGAUGUCCAGCGAUUGAUGAAGAAGAGUGGCUUGAAGUAUAGUAUGCAUUCAGCGGGGACUACGCUUGAAGGAUCUUGGGCGGAUGUCACACGCCUCAUUGGGCAGGCUCACACUCUCCUACACGAGAAAGGCGUUGUCCGAAUCCAGAGCGACAUCCGAAUCGGUAGUCGCACGGACAAGGUGCAGACCAUGGAGGACAAAGUCUCGGCUGUCGAGAAAUUGCUUGCGAAUGACUGA